AUGGGAAAAUUAAUUUUUAGAGCUGUUAUCUAUUUAAACAAUCGUUUUGACUUCUGUUCCCGGUGUCUCCUUCCUUUCAUUUACCUUGGCUUUCCCCGUCUUAAGACAAUCGUUGUGACCUCUGUUCUUCGGUUUCCUCUUCCUUUCAUUUACCUUGGCUUUCACCGUCUUAAGAAAAUUGUUGUGACCGCUGUUCUCCGGUUUCCUCUUCCUUUCAUUUACCUUGGCUUUCACCGUCUUAAGACAAUUGUUGUGACCUCUGUUCUCCGGUUUCCUCUUCCUUUCAUUUACCUUGGCUUUCCCCAUCUUAACAAAUUCGUUUUGACCUAUGUUCUCCGGUUUCCUCUUCCUUUCAUUUACCUUGGCUUUCACCGUCUUAAGACAAUCGUUGUGACCUCUGUUCUUCGGUUUCCUCUUCCUUUCAUUUACCUUGUCAUUCACCGUCUGAAGACAAUUGUUGUGACCUCUGUUCUCCGGUUUCCUCUUCCUUUCAUUUACCUUGUCAUUCACCGUCUGAAGACAAUUGUUGUGACCUCUGUACUCCGGUUUCCUCUUCCUUUCAUUUACCUUGGCUUUCCCCACAAUCGUUGUGACGUCUGUUCUUCGGUUUCCUCUUCUUUUAUUUACCUUGGCUUUCACCGUCUUAAGAAAAUUGUUGUGACCGCUGUUCUCCGGUUUCCUCUUCCUUUCAUUUACCUUGUCAUUCACCGUCUGAAGACAAUUGUUGUGACCUCUGUACUCCGGUUUCCUCUUCCUUUCAUUUACCUUGUCAUUCACCGUCUGAAGACAAUUGUUGUGACCUAUGUUCUCCGGUGUCUCCUUCCUUUCAUUUACCUUGGCUUUCACCGUCUGAAGACAAUCGUUGAGACCUCUAUUCUUCGGUUUCCUCUUCCUUUCAUUUACCUUGGCUUUCACCGUCUGAAGACAAUUGUUGUGACCUCUGUACUCCGGUUUCCUCUUCCUUUCAUUUACCUUGGCUUUCCCCGUCUUAAGACAAUCGUUUUGACCUCUGUCCUCCGGUGUCUCCUUCCUUUCAUUUACCUUGGCUUUCCCCGUCUUAAGACAAUCGUUGUGACCUCUGUUCUUCGGUUUCCUCUUCCUUUCAUUUACCUUGGCUUUCACUGCCUUAAGAAAAUUGUUGUGACCGCUGUUCUCCGGUUUCCUCUUCCUUUCAUUUACCUUGGCUUUCACCACAAUCGUUGUGACCUCUGUUCUUGGUUUCCUCUUCCUUUCAUUUACCUUGUCAUUCACCGUCUGAAGACAAUUGUUGUGACCUCUGUUCUCCGGUUUCCUCUUCCUUUCAUUUACCUUGUCAUUCACCGUCUGAAGACAAUUGUUGUGACCUCUGUAACUCGGUUUCCUCUUCCUUUCAUUUACCUUGGCUUUCCCCACAAUCGUUGUGACCUCUGUUCUCCGGUUUCCUAUACCUUUCAUUUUCCUUGCCUUUCACCGUCUAAACCAAUCGUUUUGACCUCUGUUCUUCGGUUUCCUCUUCCUUUCAUUUACCUUGGCUUUCCUCAUCUUAAGACAAUCAUUUUGACCUCUGUUCUUCGGUUUCCUCUUCCUUUCAUUUUCCUUUGCUUUCCCCAUCUUCAGACAAUCAUUGUGACCACUGUUCUUCGGUCUUCUCUUCCUUUCAUUCACCUUGGCUUUCCCCAUCUUAAGACAAUCGUUGUGACCUCUGUUCUUCAGUUUCCUCUUCCUUUAAUUUAUAUUGGCUUUCCCCAUCUUAAGACAAUCAUUGUGACCUCUGUUCUUCUGUUUCCUCUUUCUUUCAUUUACCUUGGCUUUCCUCAUCUUAAGACAAUCAUUUUGACCUCUACAAUCGUUGUGACCUCUGUUCUCCGGUUUCCUCUUCCUUUCAUUUUCCUUGGCUUUCCCCAUCUUAAGCCAAUCGUUGUGACCUCUGUUCUUCGGUUUCCUCUUCCUUUCAUUUACCUUGGCUUUCACCGUCUUAAGACAAUCGUUGUGACCUCUAUUCUUCGGUUUCCUCUUCCUUUCAUUUACCUUGGCUUUCACCGUCUGAAGACAAUUGUUGUGACGUCUGUUCUCCGGUUUCCUCUUCCUUUCAUUUACCCUGUCUUUCACCGUCUUAAGACAAUUGUUGUGACCUCUGUACUCCGGUUUCCUCUUCCUUUCAUUUACCUUGGCUUUCCCCGUCUUAAGACAAUCGUUUUGAUCUCUGUUCUCCGGUGUCCUCUUCCUUUCAUUUACCUUGGCUUUCCCCGUCUGAAGACAAUUGUUGUGACGUCUGUUCUCCGGUUUCCUCUUCCUUUCAUUUACCCUGUCUUUCACCGUCUUAAGACAAUUGUUGUGACCUCUGUACUCCGGUUUCCUCUUCCUUUCAUUUACCUUGGCUUUCACCGUCUUAAGACAAUUGUUGUGACCUCUGGUCUCCGGUUUCCUCUUCCUUUCAUUUACCUUGGCUUUCCCCGUCUGAAGACAAUUCUUGUGACCUCUGUUCUUCGGUUUCCUCUUCCUUUCAUUUACCUUGGCUUUCCCCAUCUUAAGACAAUUGUUGUGACCGCUGUUCUCUGGUUUCCUCUUCCCUUCAUUUUCUUUGCCUUUCACCGUCUUAAGACAAUUGUUGUGACCUCUGGUCUCCGGUUUCCUCUUCCUUUCAUUUACCUUGGCUUUCCCCAUCUUAAGACAAUCAUUGUGACCUAUGUUCUUCGGUUUCCUCUUCCUUUCAUUUACCAUGGCUUUCCCCGUCUUAAGACAAUCGUUGUGACCUAUGUUCUUCGGUUUCCUCUUCCUUUCAUUUACCUUGGCUUUCACCGUCUUAAGACAAUUGUUGUGACCUCUGGUCUCCGGUUUCCUCUUCCUUUCAUUUUCCUUGGCUUUCCCCAUCUUAAGCCAAUCGUUGUGACCUCUGUUCUUCGGUUUCCUCUUCCUUUCAUUUACCUUGGCUUUCACCGUCUUAAGACAAUUGUUGUGACCGCUGUUCUCCGGUUUCCUCUUCCUUUCAUGUACCUUGGCUUUCCCCAUCUUAAGACAAUUGUUGUGACCUAUGUUCUUCGGUUUCCUCUUCCUUUCAUUUACUUUGGCUUUCCCCAUCUUCAGCCAAUCGUUGUGACCUCUGUUCUUCAGUUUCCUCUUCCUUUCAUUUACAUUGGCUUUCCCCAUCUUAAGACAAUCAUUGUGACCUCUGUUCUUCGGUCUUCUCUUCCAUUCAUUCACCUUGACUUUCCCCAUCUUAAGACAAUCGUUGUGACCUCUGUUCUUCAGUUUCCUCUUCCUUUAAUUUACAUUGGCUUUCCCCAUCUUAAGACAAUCAUUGUGACCUCUGUUCUUCGGUUUCCUCUUUCUUUCAUUUACCUUGGCUUUCCUCAUCUUAAGACAAUCAUUUUGACCUCUGUUCUUCGGUUUCCUCUUCCUUUCAUUUACCUGGGCUUUCCCCAUUAUAAGUCAAUCGUUGUGACCUCUGUUCUUCAGUUUCCUCUUUCUUUCAUUUACCUUGGCUUUCCCCAUCUUAAGCCAAUCGUUGUGACCUCUGUUCUUUGGUUUCCUCUCCCUUUCAUUUACCUUGGCUUUCACCGUCUUAAGACAAUCGUUGUGACCUCUGUUCUCCGGUUUCCUCUUCCUUUCAUUUACCUUGGCUUUCCCCGUCUUAAGACAAUCGUUGUGACCUCUGUUCUCCGGUUUCCUCUUCCUUUCAUUUUCCUUGGCUUUCCCCAUCUUAAGCCAAUCGUUGUGACCUCUGUUCUCCGGUUUCCUCUACCUUUCAUUUCCCAUGGCUUUCAUCAUCUUGAGCCAAUCGUUGUGACCUCUGUUCUUUGGUUUCCUCUUCCUUUCAUUUACCUUGGCUUUCACCGUCGUAAAACAAUCUUUGUGACAUCUGUUCUCCGCUUUCCUCUUCCUUUCAUUUUCCUUGCCUUUCCACUUCUUAAGACAAUCGUUGUGACCUCUGUUCUUCGGUUUCCUCUUCCUUUAAUUUACUUUGGCUUUCACCGCCUUAAGACAAUUGUUGUGACCUCUGGUCUCCGGUUUCCUCUUCCUUUCAUUUACCUUGGCUUUCCCCGUCUUAAGACAAUUCUUGUGACCUCUGUUCUUCGGUUUCCUCUUCCUUUCAUUUACCUUGGCUUUCCCCGUCUUAAGACAAUUGUUGUGACCGCUGUUCUCUGGUUUCCUCUUCCCUAUAUUUACCUUGGCUUUCACCGUCUUAAGACAAUUGUUGUGACCUCUGGUCUCCGGUUUCCUCUUCCUUUCAUUUACCUUGGCUUUCCCCGUCUUAAGACAAUCGUUGUGACCUAUGUUCUUCGGUUUCCUCUUCCUUUCAUUUACCUUGGCUUUCACCCUCUUAAGACAAUUGUUGUGACCUCUGGUCUCCGGUUUCCUCUUCCUUUCAUUUACCUUGGCUUUCCCCAUCUUAAGACAAUCAUUGUGACCUAUGUUCUUCGGUUUCCUCUUCCUUUCAUUUACAUUGGCUUUCCCCGUCUUAAGACAAUUGUUGUGACCUCUGUUCUCCGGUUUCCUCUUCCUUUCAUUUACCUUGGCUUUCCCCAUCUUAAGACAAUCGUUCUUGGCUUUCACCGUCUUAAGACAAUUGUUGUGACCUCUGUUCUCCUGUUUCCUCUUCCUUUCAUUUACAUUGGCUUUCCCCAUCUUAAGCCAAUCGUUGUGACCUCUGUUCUUCGGUUUCCUCUUCCUUUCAUUUACCUUGGCUUUCACCGUCUUAAGACGAUUAUUCUGACCUCUCUUCCGGUUUCCUCUUCCUUUCAUUUACCUUGGCUUUCACCGUCUUAA